AUGAAUGACUCCACGAUGGACCGACUUCCGACGACGCUUGUCGACCUCCUCUCCAAUUCUCUCGUCCUGCGCGGCACCGCUCCCUACAUCACCAUCCGCGACCUCCUCAAUCUCUCCUCCACAUGCCGAGCCCUGAGACAGAUACUCCGCGGUGAGCCCGACGCAUGGCGACAUCUCAAUCUCACAACCAUCAAACGCGCAGUCAUCGACUCCUCUCCAAUCGAUGUCGGCGGUGUUUCAUGGCGAGCCGAACGCAUGGAUGAGAGCCUGACGGAAGACGACUUUUACGCCGGUCCACUGCGGGGAAUCUUCAAUCGACUUCACUCGCAACGCAAUUUGAAGCACGUCCAGACUCUGAUCUUAGAUGGCCUCAGCGUUCCGGCCGAUCUCAUCCGAGAGAUUGUCGCCGAAGAUCGAUAUCAAGUCAGAAUACUUUCCAUCCGCGGCGUCAAGAACCUCAACCCAAAUCGUUUGCAACAGGUCCUUCGAUACGUCUGUCGUCCGACUCGUGAAGAGGGAACGCCACGUCUCAAAGCGCUGUACUAUUUCGGUCCGAAAGAUGCACCACUGCAACCGAUACCCUCACUUCCCCCGACAGCCCCUCCAUCCCUUGGCGUCAUGUCCUCGCCCGGCGCUCAAAUCGGCGCAUCCUGGAACGCACGUUCCUCUGAGCUCCUCAAAACAACUCUCAUUUCCUCGGAGGAAUCUCAAUACUACUCCUGCACCGGCCGCGUGCUGAAGAAGCCCUACUCCGACUGGGCGGAGACUUUGCAAGUCUGCCACAACAUCAUCCACUUCGACGCAGUCCUCUGUCGCGGACCUCGACACGACAUUUCCAAGACUUCCUCAAAAGACUUUCUCCAACCCACAAUCGCCACCGUCGCCCUCGGUCCCGGCGGUUGCGAAACCUGUCACUCCUGCCCCGAACUCCCGGCUUCGUUCCCCGACUCACCACCCCCUCACCUCCCCCUUCUCGGCCCGGUACCAACUCACUCAUCCACCGUCCGCUCCUGUAUUCGACCAGACGACCCAUCCUCCAACCGUCUGAUCCUCCGCUGCGAAGACUGCCUCCGCGGUCGCUGGUGCGAGCAAUGUAAUCGCUGGUGGUGCGAAGACUGCUACGAGGAGCCCGUAUCCCGGUCGGCCCACCACCUCAGGACGGAAAUGCAGACGAUAGAAUUGAGAGACCAAAUUCGAUCAGGGGGAUGGUCUGCGAUGGACAGUCAUGUGCUUCCUGUGAAGGGCCAGCAGACGAAGGUAUUUUCGAAACUUUGUGUCGAGCAUUGUUUGGUGGGCGAGAUGAUGGCUGGUGCGGGGAGUGGUGGGAUGUGGGGAUGA